UGCUGGCUUGCUCGGAUACCUUUGCGCUACUCCAAUGGCAUCACACAUGUGACACAAUUUUGGAUGUACCCGAACCGUAGUGUACAGUACAGCCCAUCAAGUUUAGAGCUUCAGCAGCUGGAGAUCACGAGAAAACAUUUCUCAUGACAAUCGAUACCCACAGUGGUGCGGCGACACCUGGAUCCCCCUUAGCUCGAGCACCGGAAGAUCAGGAAGGUCCAAGAGACUCAGGAAGUGUGACGAGGACGAAUACCAGCCCUUGCAUGUCGGAUAGUAGCAACAGUGAACCCCUUCCGAACACAUCUGUCAAGUAUCAGCGUCAACCUCCCACGUUAUUGGAUACCAUCAACGUCGGUACCACUAAACCUGCCCCCAGCGAUCGUUCUACGGCUGCUUCCAGUACCAGUGGACCGUCUGUUGACUCUAAUAUCAGCAACGGUAAAUCAGGGAUGGAGCCGUUAAGGACCAGUCCUCGUUCCAUUAACAAUGUUAAUGGCUUCCAACAGGAUCCCACCAACCCUCACUCGGGACGUUCCCGCGGAGGCAGUGUUGGAGAAGAUGCCAGCUUCAAGAGCCGCGAUCCACCAACUCAGAUCCAGUUUGGGUCGAAUGGAUCCAUGGUAGUACCAUCCACCAUUGUUGGGCCUCCUCCCAGGGCACCUUCCCCGUACAAUAUGUCCCCUGUGAAUGUAGGGGUGAUUGAUCCCAUGCAGCAACAUCAGUAUCAAAUGCCACCCGACCGCCACCGACGUGCCGAAUCCUGGUCAGGAAAUUUCCCUCCCAUGGCCCCUCCUUCUCCCGGAGGCAGCUUCCAUUAUUAUAAUGGAAUGGGAGCUCCUUCACCCGCGGUACCCUUCUUGAAUGAUCCUCAUGGAGAAAUGAAUGCUUUGCUCGGAGGUUCCGUCACCGAGAGCAUUGGCCGUUCUUCUACUCGCCGUAAGCGCAAGUCGGCUUCAGGAAGCCAUCGCCGUACAUACUCUGCUGGAAGCGCCUACCCUGGUAUGCCUGCCUUUGGGGAACUACCUCCACCACCUCCUCCUCCCCGUAGUCAGCAAUUCUCUCCCCGUAACGAAUUCACCAAGCUCGUUUCCAGCUUCCGUGGAACUCCCGAUUCCCCUUCUGCUCGCAAAACAUUCCAGACUUCUCCACAGGGAACACCUAGGUCUCUCCGACAAUCCUCAAAGGUGUCCUUCUCUCCCAUGGUUUCCACCUCUCCUUCUGUUGGAUAUGGAUCCAUUAAUGUAAACAAUUCCAUGGGCAUGCCUGACUUCCCUGUUAAAAGUGGAGUCCCUGGAACGGGAGGCGGAGAAGCAGUCUUUAUUGCUCAUAAGAACGGACAAUCUCGUCACCGAGAAUCGUCCCGAAAGAGGCACAUGCGUCAGCAAUCUGCACAACUCUUCAUGGAGGAAGUCAAAGGAAUCGAACAACCUCUCGUCUGUCGUGACAUGGUUUUCCUUCUCUUGUUCCUCUUUCACAUUGUUGGCAUUGUGUUCUUGGGAAACACCUACGGGCAUGACGCCUUUCAAAAUGAUGAUGCCCUCUCGGAGAAUGGAGAUGAAGUGAAAUUGUAUUAUUCCAACAUGGUUUACGUUGCUGGUAUGAGCGGUCUCUUUGGAAUAGCCUUUUCCAUGUUGGUGUUUGGACUCAUGGCUGCCAUUGCACGACGAUUCGUUCAAGUCGCCCUGUGCUUGGCCAUUACGAUCAGUUUUGUCUGGGGUACCGUUGGAACAGGUUUGAGUCCAAAGAAUGUGGUCCCCAUCACUGGAUUCGUUGCCCUCGCCUUGUCAGUAGCCUACGCAUUCAUUGUCUGGGAUAGGAUUCCUUUCUGUUCAGCCAACUUGACGACGGCACUGACCGGUGUGAAGGCAAACUUGGGAACCCUUGCAGUUGCCGCUUCAUUCCAAGUUGUCUGUCUACUGUAUUGUGUCUACUUCCUCUUUGUGGUGGUCGGUGUUUAUGAUGCCAUCCAAGAAGAAGACUUGGUGUUAUCCCACAAUAUGCAAGUCUUUGUGUACACGAUGCUGGGGGUUUCCUUUUACUGGACGUACAAUGUCAUUCAGAAUGUUGUCCAAGUCACAACUGCAAGUGUGAUUGCAGCAUGGUGGUAUCACCCAACGGAAACAAACGUUUUUGCCUGCUUCUCGAAGGCUGUCUUCUACUCACUUGGAUCGAUUUGCUUUGGAAGUUUGCUGGUUGGUCCAGUCAGACUAAUUCGACAACUUUCUGCCCUGUUUCGUCCCAAUGCGGACAGCGAUUCAGCGCUCAUGUGCGUGCAUGAAUGCAUGAACUUUAUUCAAACAUGCGUGAGUUCGUGCGUGGAUGGCCUAGCGAAUCACUUCAAUGCUUGGGCCUUUACGUACAUUGGCAUUUAUGGCUAUGGCUUUAUGGAUGGUGGCAGCAAUGCGGCUGAACUCUUCAGGACUCGUGGUUGGACGAUGAUUGUCACGGAUGAUCUAGUACCAAACCUCUUGCUCAUGAUGAGCUUGGUCGUUGGAGGUGCCACAGGACUAUUCGCACAGUUGAUUGACAGUUUUGAAGGCCUUCACAUCAGCAGCAUUGGCCAGCCCGGACCUGUCUCGUUUGUUGUCGGCUUUGUCCUUGGUCUCGCCGUGACAAGCGUGCUCUUUGGCAUUGUCAGCAGCUCUGUGAAUGCUGUUCUAGUCUGCUUUGCUGCCAGCCCCGUUGACUUUGAGAACAACCACCCGGAACUCAGCCAUGAAAUGCGUGCCGCUUGGAGGGAAGUCUGGCCUGGCUGCAUGGACAUGGUGGACCUUCGUGUUGCCCUUGCGAAUCCAUCUCCCCACCACAGCCAGCGUGGCAGCGGUAUUCCUGCAGAGUUCCUCUAAAGAGAAGUGUAUCAUGUGAUUAUUACAGUUUUGCCACAAGGAAAAUUUGUUCGGUUGAAGAUCUACAUGUUAAUUACCAACCUGCAUGGCGUGUGAAGUAGCUACCUCAACUCAUUUGAUCGCAGUGAGACAAGCAUGAUAGCUUUUAAAUAAGUUGUACUAAGAGUCGCCAUUGCUUUCAUUC